AUGUCAUAUAUCAGGGAGCCCCCCAGCGCGAACACGGUUCCACGUGAUGCGCCUCGUCGUUCGCAGCCGCCCUUCCCAGGCCCCAAGCUCUCCCUGAGCUGGUCCGCUAUGCAGAUCCAUUAUUACGAGUACGUGCGGUCAGGGGGGAACAGGCCCGCUGCGGCGUUGGCUCCGGGGGCCCCGGUGCUAGCUAGCUGUGUUCAGAUAAAAAACAAUCUUGCGGUGGUCUCUUCUUUUUCGGGUGGAGGGGGGACAAGGAAAAGAAUCACGAAAGUCCGUCGACAGCCCGCUGAGCCUGCCGAUCCGAGGACGUCGACGCAGCAAUAUCUCACCAAACGCCCGACCGGUCCGACAGGCCACCGGCAACCCGAUGUAGGGUUUCGCCCAGGGGUACUGGCGUCGGGGAUCGCCUUCCCAGGCUCCCCGUCGACAAUUCUGAUUAGUCGAUCUGGACAAAUCUCAGCUGUGAGCAUACUGAGUCUGACCAAGUCCACAUUACACAGCCAAAUUUUGAUCAUGGGGAUCAUCGCCACAAACAAACAUGCGUUGUACAGCGGUCUGCUCAUCUCGGGAAGGGGGUCCCAGCGGCGGGAGAAGUGUCCGGGAGCAAUGAGCAUGCCGUCCGCCUUGGGUCUUGAGCCUUGGGGACCCUUAGUCUCUCCCGUACUGGCCGCGCCCAAGCUCGCUCCGGGAACCCGUGGCGUUUUUGCUGUUCCUCGUCAAGAUGAUGGCCCAAACGCGAGUGAGUGCAAAUGCCUCUGUCAACGUCUAGUUUCCGGGUCCAGGAUGGCGGAAACGGGGGUCGGAUCCCCGUUAAGGUUAACUAACACCACCCCUGAGCACGAACAAAAGCACCAAUUAGCAAGUACCCAGUACCCAGCACCCAGUGACAAGCAGCAAGUAGCCAGCAUCAAGGCAGGUAGUGUUCCGGACUCCAUAUUGUGCUACCUGAGCCCUGCUGCAUACCCCGUUACUGUGUACAGACUUCCGGUUGCUGAUCGGGGGGAUCGGGCUGCUAUAUUCCCAAUCCCUCGCUAUACUGGAGUCCUGACGACGCCACCACAAGCUUCCGUCGCGGAGCGCCGACCCAACGCGACACAACGCAACACCGGUCCACGCAACGCAGCGCCACGCGCCGACGACGCAACGCAACUCGCGCAACACCCUGAUCGCAUCGCAUCGCAUCGCAUCACGAAUCCCUUCUGCGGCUUCAACACCUCCUCGACUUCCAUCUCCUGCCCCCCCGAGGGCCUAGACCCCCCAACUUCCAAGCUUCAAGCCGACGACCGUCCGGUCCCAUCCCAUCCCAUGGCUCCCGCUGCCCUCACCCAGGAGGAUUUCAAAGCGCUCGAGCAGACGCGCCAGCGUCUCUACCAGCUCACCAACAAUAUCGCCUCGCUCAAGGCUGACGUUGGGCGAAGCAAUCCGCUGCCACAAUGGUCUGCACCAUCCCCUCGUUCCCCGAUUCCUUCCCCUCAUCCUCGCCGCAGCCUUCCUGAUACUGACCAUGCAAUGUUGUCUUACAUAGGUCGUCUCUCCAGACCUCGGCGUCUAUCCUGGAUCGUCGUCUAUCCAGCCACCAACUAUCCGGGCCGCACACAAGAAGCUUUACUGGGACAGCUGCUCCGCAAGAAGCUAGAGCCAUCGGUCGAGAGCUGGGUUGAGGAAGCCCGCGCCAUUCAGACGGGGGCAGGUGAACCCGUCAAAAACGAAGAUGACGAGGAGUUGUGGGGCUGGGCGGCCGAUUGGGUGCUGCAACGCAUGGCAGAAUAUAUCCACAGCGAGAUACCGGACAAUUUUACCGCCGAAGAGAGGGCGGCGGGUGUUGACAAUGUCAAUACCGGAUUGAAAAGAAAGCUAGACAAGAAGAAGCCUAAAACCAUUCAGGAGGAAGAAGAUGAUGAUGACGACGAGGAUGAAGACGAGGACGAAGAUGAGGAAAUGGAGAAUACUAGAGCGGAUUUCAUGACAGACCAAGCUAUCAGCGGCUUGGGUCAGGUUGGAUUUGGCACGGGCCCAGUAAGGAAGAAUCCUAAUGGCAGGCCAUGGACGGAGGAUGACAUCUUGAAGUUUGCAACAAGUGGCGCAGCCGUUAAACCACAGGCUGACGAAACCGACUAUUACGCUGAUAAUACGUAG